ACACCUAUAAAUAGAAUGAAUCCCUUACAGUUGAAAUAUUACAAGUCGCGGUGUCUGUGUGGCCGUCGUAUCGUAAGAAGAAGAAGCAUGGCGAGAUACCAAAGUCUGAUUGUAGCUGCUUUGUUUCGACUUCGAGCUUCUCGCCGUUUAACCUCACCGGCGACUUGUUUCCCCGUUAGGGCUUUUUCUUCUUCCUUGCUUUUUCCAAAGACGACCAGUCUAACCCUUCCUCGCUAUUUUCCUUCCUCUUCUUCGGUCUCUACGUUUUCUUCUUCGUCGUCUUCGUCUCCUUCUCCAGCUACAGGUCGACCGCCGAAAACCGCCGGUGGUAAUGACGGCGAAGAAGACACCUUUGAAUAUAAAACAACUGAUGAUGUAGAGGUCAUAGAAGAUUGGGAAGAAGAAGAGGAAGAGGGAGUUGAAUCACAGCUUGGCGAUGGAGGAGAUGGUGGUGGGGUUGUUCUUCGAGGUGUGCCAUGGGGUGAAAGAGUUCUCUCUAUUGCUGCAGAAGUUUUGAAGCAGUCUGAUAAAGAUUUAGAAUUGUUUGCUUUCAAAACUUCUCCCCGUGGAUAUAUAUACGUCAGACUAGACAAACUCUCAAACGAAUAUGGAUGUCCUACCAUGGAUGAGCUUGAAGAAUUUAGUCGAGAAUUCAAGAGAAGACUAGAUGAUGCUGGGGCUUCAAAACUAGUCCCAGAGGAUCUAGCCCUUGAGGUGUCUUCUCCAGGAGCAGAGAGGCUGCUGAGAGUCCCAGAGGACUUGCCUCGAUUUAAGGAGAUGCCAAUGACAGUAAGCUAUGUAGAGGAAACAAACUCGAGGACUGCAGUUAAGAAUGCAGUGUUUCUCUUGGAGUCUAUAGAUGCAGAAUCUGAUAAAUGUGUCUGGAAAUUAGCAGAUGUAAGGGAGAACAGAGAUCCCGAAAGCAAAGGCAGACCGUUGAGCCGGAAACAAAAGGACCUGAGAAUCACACUGCCUUUCACAUAUCACAGGAAGAUAAGUCUCUACCUAGAUUAGUUUAAGUUGAAGUAGAAGUAGAGUUGCUAGCAAAGGAAGUUCAUUGUCACUGAAGGUUUCACUUUUCUGUUUCUGGAUUUUUUUUUCCUAUCCCAUGUAGACAUAUAUUCUCUAAGCUCACUAGUUUAUUACACUAGGUUGCGUUUAAUAUAAAUGAGUGACUUUUUUGUAUUAGUUGAGAUGGUAAGUUAAGGCAAUAAAACAUAUGACAAAAAUUCACACUA